UUUGGCAAGCGGCAAGCCACGCCAACAGGUGCAAUAUUUUGUAAACACCAAAUACGAAAAAUAAACACACAAUGUAUGCCUUAAACUUCGUUUUAAGUAUUUGAUGAUUUUUUGGAUGUCUGUUGAUUUGGAUAGACUAUCCAGGAUAGUUAAUCUUAAGUUUUUCGGCGCUGUCCAAACCAUUGGACACUGACAGGAUACUGUACCCAAUACCCAUCACGUUUGUAGCUCUGGCCUCUGGUCUCUGCGAAGUGCAGGCAUGGAUAAUCGCGAUGGGGACCUGACAUGGACUGCCAUUGUCGCCACGACACGUACCACUGCAGAAGCAAAGGCAGUCGAGAAAGAGCUCCUUGUGUAUCGGCGAAAGGGAAUUAUUCCUUCCAGCACGCAUGUGCUGACCAUUGACGAUCCAUUUUCACAGACAGGGAACGGCAUCGGAAGUGGAGGAGCUACGAUAAAUGCCUUAUUGUACGCAGUCGAGCAGCUGUGCUCUUUACGCGGUUACCAGAUUCUCUCUCCGGAAGUUCUGAUUGGCGCAAGAAUUCUCAUAUUUCAUCAUGGACGACCAUAUCCUUUCGGCAGUUCGUCUCGAGCGUUUUCCCUGCUUCCUCAUUGCGAAAUUUUAUCAGAAGAUUACGUGGAAAUGGCAUCGAAUAUUUUGCAGCUGUAUAAUUUUGUAACGGAAAAGCUGAUGCCAGAAUUCGGUGAUGGAGUUUGGAUAUGCAGCACGGAUAUGCUUAUUGAAUAUGCCAACUCUGCAAAACUAAUAAAAAGUAUCGCUAGACCGGAUGCUUGCAUAAUCACUGUCGGCGCAACACCUGAAUAUGCGUCAUAUCACGGGACUGUCCUGACAAAUGAAGAUGGGUCUGUAAAAGACAUUCUCUAUGCUGCUCAAACCGCGAGGCUUUCCCACUACGCCGUUGAUGGUUCCGUUAAGUUAAUCAGUGGAAUUGUGUAUGUUUCUCACGAAAUCGCGGAACGGUUGUUGUCCCUUCAAGCUGCCCCUCCGCUGGAAUGCUGCACUUAUAUGGGUUUCGACGUCGGCGCCCAUCCACAUCCAGUUUCUCUUUAUUUUGAUAUUAUCUUGGCGAUGUGCAAAGAUAUAAGUGAAGGCGAUUUCAUGCAUCGGUCCAGUAGCAUCACACGGAUGGACGCACGCGAGGGCGGAGAUGCCGAUCGGGAUACGGCUUUCAAAGUGCGCCGCUUGAUUUGGGAUAAUAUGCGACGGUUUUCUCUUUACUCAGCUCAUGUCGAUGAUUCGGCUCACCAUUAUUUUUCCGUUGGACUUUGCCUUCAAGAGCAUUUGAAGACGAUCUACUUGAAUUCCAAGUCGAAGGCUGUACAUACGGUUAUCAGUUCUUCCCGUGAAAAUAAACUGGAUGAAGCUAAGGAGGAAAUAUACGCAAUUAACACGUGUUUUUCAAAUUCGCGUUUAUAUGAGGGGCCAGUUUAUGCAUUCAACUCAUUUAUUGAUGAUGGGUUAAUUUUACAACCCAAUACCUGUGUCCAAAAUAUAGACACGCGACAAUCCGGAAAUGCGAUUUCUAACAAUCUGACAUUGAAAUCGGGUUUAUGCUUACAAGAGAUCCAAAUGAUUCUGCAGUCCCAAACAAAUACUAACAUUCGAGUGCCGGUGGUUUACGGUAUAUCGGAUGUUUUGAUGGAGCCAUUUCGCCCGGAAGGGAAAUAUUGUGGUUUGAAGUGGGACGAGUUUUUCAAAGCUACACAGUUAACCGAGCUUGAUUUGUGGCCAGCAAAAAAUACUAGAAAAUCUAUAUGGACGGCAAAACUUUUUCCAGUUUUGACGUCUGCAGGCGAGCCCAAACUGGAUGGGUUGUUCUGGGCAUUCGACAACCUUACGAAUAAUCAGUUGGAUCCAGAAAAAUGGAGAUUUUCUUGGCGCUAUUCCUUGGAAGAAAUCUUUUUGAGAUUGGACACAGCUGCUGAGUUUGCUUUGAAACGUUUCCUUUUUUACGAUAUUUUGGUGGAAAAGCUGAUGACCGUUCUGAAUCAGGGACAAGAUUUUUAUUUUGUACCAUAUUUUAAUUCUGCUGUUGUGGAUGGUUUCGCGGAAAAAAUUUUGAAUGCUUUGGAUAUGGUGGCCGCGGGAUCGUCGCAUGGUGUGGCUGCACGCACUCUUAACCUUAUUGGUGACAUGAUAUCCAGCAUGGCGCAAGGGCAUGGAGGGCUGCGAAGUGGACCUGCAGCAAACGAGGCAUUCCAGCAUGCUUUUCAAGCGUUCGAAAAUGGUCAUAUACAGAGUGGUGUGUAUCUUAUGGCCAAGGAACGGAAAAGCUGGUUAUCAAGGCCUGAUUUGAUGAUUCGUUGCGCAAGGCAUUACGAAGGAGCGUCCCAAAUUCUGUGCCGAAAAGCUGUUGCUGCAGCCAAGCAGUUUAUCAAACUGGAUUCGCAAGAGCUCCCUCUUAAGUCGCCGUAUACCACGUGGUUCAUCGCAGAGUGCGGUGCGCGCAUUGACCUUUCUGGCGGAUGGACAGAUACACCCCCAAUAGCUUAUGAAAAGGGUGGUGUGGUUGUCAACGCCGCUCUGCUUAUUAACGGGAAGCGACCUAUUGGGGCAAAAGCUAGACGCACGCAAAGGUUCAGCAUUGUGCUGAUAAAUGAGUUUGCUGAUAGUCUCGGAGGGAACGAACUGACACAGUUGGCAGAUCUGAAGGAUUAUUGUAUACCAAGCGCUCCUGGGGCCCUACUAAAGGCGUGCAUUCUGUUUGCGGAAUUGGUGGAUAUGUAUUCACAACAGUCGCUAGAGGAUCAGUUACGAUCAAAAUGGGGAUGUGGCUUUGAAAUUGCCACUUGGUCGAAUUUGCCUCAGGGUUCCGGAUUAGGGACCAGUAGCAUUCUAGCAGCAGCGAUCAUAUCGGCAUUGUGGUCAGUUGCGGAAAAGAAGUUCGAUAAUUCCGCUGUCAUUCAUGCCGUUUUAUGCGUGGAACAAAUGCUGACUACAGGAGGCGGUUGGCAAGAUCAAGUUGGAGGUGUCUAUGGCGGAUUCAAGGUCGGAUCAUCUCCGGCUGCGCUGCCUCUACACGUCAGUGUUCAGCCUAUUCCGAUUGGGGCUAACAUUGUGGAUGAGCUGAAUUCGAGGAUAGUUUUGAUAUAUACUGGAAAACCCCGCUUGGCCAAGAAUCUUUUGCAAAACGUUGUAAGGAACUGGUAUGCCAGACAGCCACAUGUUGUGCGCACAUGCACGGCCUUAGUGGAUAACGCAAAAGAAUGCAUGGACUCAUUGACAAUGUGGAAUUUUGAAAAGUUCUGCUCCUGCAUUGUGAAUUACUACGAACAGAAAAAGUUAAUGGCCGCUGGCACGGAACCGGCUAGUGUCGGAAAAAUCAUCGAUGCUAUGAAACCAUACAUAUGCAGCCAUACAUUAGCCGGUGCAGGAGGUGGAGGAUUUUUAUUCUGUUUGCUGAAAAAUUCAUCUGAUCGAGAAAAAAUUGCUGCUCUGAUUGGCAACAUAAAGGGUGCAGAGGCUGCGGCGAUUUAUUCAGCAUCCAUUGAUGAAGAAGGGAUCAAAAUUUUCACUGCCGAAGAAGAUUCUGCGGCUAAAUGAAUUUUGAAAUUAACUAUCCAGAAUGCACGGGGAUAUGGUUUAUUUGUAAUGUACGAAAACACUUUGCUCGAACAUCACAUUCCAUUUGAAAGGUUGCUCACAAGUCUGACUGAAGUUGUUGUUACAAAAUGAAAUUUUAUUGAUUUUAAAUGAUUGUAUUUCAUUUAUAUUCCAGUGAGUUUUAAAAAAAGAUGUACUUUUAUGUGUUUCACGCUGCCUUUAUUCUUGCGCAGUGCGAUAUCAGAACAAAAAUCAA